AUGAUGGGGCACUAUUCCUCCCACUGUGACACCAACGAUGGGGCACUAUUCCUCCCCCCCACUGACACCAACGAUGGGGCACUAUUCCUCCCCCCCACUGACACCAACGAUGGGGCACUAUUCCUCCCCCCCACUGACAUCAACGAUGGGGCACUAUUCCCCCCCCCUACUGACACCAAUGAUGGGGCACUAUUCCACCCCCCACUGACACCAAUGAUGGGACACCAUUCCUCCCACUGACACCAAUGUUGGGACACCAUUCCUCCCACUGACACCAAUGAUGGGGCACUAUUCCCCUCACU